CCAUAAUGGCUGUUUUCGUAGUGAAUGUAGUUAUUUUAAAUGACCACAAAGGGACAUUGUAGACCGUGACAUUUGCACGUUCAUUUUGGAGGUUGGAGGCUCCUCCCAGAUUGAGAGCAUGAUGUUUCUUCAGGCUUUGUUACAAAGAGGCGCUGGGCGAGACACGGCGAUGCAAAAUACUGAGAACUUGGUUUCAUGUAUGUCGCUGCUAAUGGGAUUUUGACUGAAUUGAUGCUUUUUCAAAUUGGAUACAAUUAUGUUGUUCUCAAGCAGAAGGAGCCCUUUUUGGAUAUAUGUACUAGUGGUGAUGCUGGAUUUUUACUGGGACGCUGUGUGUGGGCAGCUCUCUUACUCCGUCGCAGAGGAGGUAAACCCGGGGACCAUUGUUGGAAAUAUCGCCAAGGACCUGAACCUAAAUGUCAAAGAACUGGAGUCUCGUAUGUUUCAGAUUGUUACUGGAACAAAUAGGAAAUAUUUUGAUGUCAACCUGAAAACUGGUGUACUGUAUGUGAAUGAAAACAUUGACCGCGAGGAGAUCUGUGCAAAGACCGCAAAAUGUACAAUAAAUGUAGAGGCCGUAAUCAAUGACCCUUUGAAGCUCUAUCGUUUAGAGGUAAACGUUGUAGAUAUAAACGACAAUGCACCUUUUUUCUCUGAAAAUUUACAGUCUCUUGACAUUGCUGAAAGCACGUUACCAGGAGUGAAAUUUGGACUGAUAGAAGCGUCAGACCUGGAUGUUGGAAAAAACGGUGUAAAUACUUACAAGCUAAGCACUAAUAAUUAUUUUUCUUUAGAAACACACAAAGCUGGAGAGAGCGUAUCUGCCGAGUUAGUGUUGCAGAAAGCUUUAGACCGCGAGAAACAAAGCACUAUAAAGCUCAUAUUGACUGCAGUAGACGGAGGAAAUCCUCCCAAGUCAGGCACAUCACAAAUUAUGAUUAAAAUUUUGGACAUUAACGACAACCCUCCAGUUUUUAGUAGUUCCUUGUAUAAAACACAAAUUUCAGAAAACCUGAAAACCGGAACAACAGUGUUACUUCUGAAUGCGACAGACGCAGAUGAGGGUUUAAAUAGUGAAAUAGAAUACACUUUAAGACGUAAAGGUCAGGACCACAUAUUAGAUGUAUUUGAUAUUGAUCCUAAAACCGGUGCCAUUUUGGUCAAAGGUAAGAUCGACUAUGAAGAACAUCCUGCAUUUGAGAUUCAUGCUCAGGCUAGCGACAUAGGCCAGCCUCCCAUGUCGGCUCAUUGUAAAGUGCUGGUGGAAGUGCUGGACAUAAAUGACAAUGCUCCUGAGAUCACUGUGACGUCACUACUUAACACAGUAAAGGAGGACUCGAAAGUAGGUACUGCCGUUGCACUUGUCUCUGUGUUGGAUAAAGACGGUGGGAAAAACGGUGUAGUACAAGCUGUCAUUGCAAAUGCUUCCCCCUUUAAAUUGGAAACAAAUUACAAAAACUAUUACUCAUUGGUGGUUAACGGGCCCCUUGACAGAGAAAGUAGAGCCCAGUAUAAUAUCACUAUCGAAGCAACUGAUGAAGGGACCCCACCUCUAUCCAGCAACAGCGUUAUUACUGUUGGUGUUUCUGAUGUCAAUGACAAUGCGCCUCGCUUUUCAGAGCCUGUGAUUAGUGUUUACGUGAAAGAGAACAGUCCAGUUGGAGCAACUAUCAAAACUGUGUCUGCAGUCGAUGCUGACAUCGAUCAGAACGGUCAGGUGAGCUAUUCAAUUUUAAAGAUUAACGAUAACUCAGUGCCUCUUUCUGCAAUGGUAAAUAUAAACUCAGAGACGGGAGAAAUAGUCAGCUUGCAGUCUUUCAACUAUGAGGAGUUAAAGACGUUCCAGUUUAAAGUUCAGGCCACAGACUCUGGUGUUCCUCCGCUCAGCAGCAACGUGACAGUCAACGUUUUCAUCCUGGAUGAGAAUGACAACAGUCCCGGGAUCCUCGCGCCCUAUUCUGAGCACGGCUCCGUUAACAGUGAGAACAUCCCGUAUUCUGCUGAAGCGGGCUACUUUGUGGCCAAGAUCAGGGCUGUGGACGCCGACUCUGGCUACAAUGCGCUGCUUUCUUAUCACAUCUCUGAGCCCAAGGGAGGAAACCUGUUCCGAAUCGGAACCAGCACCGGGGAAAUCAGGACUAAGAGGCGAAUGAGUAACAGUGACCUGAAAACUCACCCGCUGGUGGUGCUGGUUUGUGAUAACGGAGAGCCAUCCCUGUCAGCUACUGUGUCUAUUGAUGUGGUGGUGGUUGAGAGCACAGCUGACAUCCAGACUCAGUUCAGACAUGUACCGAUGAAAGAGGAAAGCUUCUCCGAUUUAAACCUGUAUUUGCUGAUCGCCAUUGUGUCGGUGUCAGUGAUCUUUCUGCUGAGCCUCAUCAGUUUAAUAGCUGUGAAAUGCCACAGGACAGACGGCAGUUUCGGCAGGUACGGCGCCCCAAUGAUCACCACCCACCCUGACGGGAGCUGGUCUUACUCUAAAUCGACUCAGCAGUAUGACGUGUGUUUCAGCUCAGACACACUGAAGAGUGACGUGGUAGUUUUCCCCGCGCCGUUUCCGCCUGUAGAUGCGGAGCUUAUCAGUAUUAAUGGAGGAGACACUUUUAACAGGACUCAGACUUUACCCAAUAAAGAUAAGGUAAGAACACGAAGAUUCAAUUUUCCAUAG